AAGGAAAUUACCUCAAAAAUGGAUCAAGAAACAACCAAAACGCGUUCCUGCGUGGCUUGUCUCCAAGAUGAAACUGAAGUCACGAUCAAAAUUUGCGACAAUCAAGAUGUUAUUGAAGUUUACAAGAUUUUAGUUCAAUAUGAGGUCAACCAACUAACUCUCGAAGUGAAAGAAUUUUGUGUUAAAUGUACGGAAAUGCUCCUCCUGAUACAUGAUUUUAUGCAAAAAUGUCUCAAAUCCGUCGAUUUUCUCAAGACACAAGCUGCCUUUAACGAAUUCAACACAGUUUUCAUCAAGCAGGAGAUUAUGGAAGAAGAAAAUGAUGAAAAUUUGGUGUCUGAGCCUCAAGAAAAUGAACCCGAAUGUGUUGAAAAUGCCUCCGAAAGCAUUUCUGAAGACGAGUCUAUCGAAGAUUCGGUUUCUCAGAGGGAAGAAAAUGUCGAAGUCAAACCCGUUAUCAAUUUCGCAGUCAUUGAAGAGAUAAAAAGAGCUGCAAAACAAGUCGCAAAAGUGAAAAAACCUCGAGGUCGACCCAAAAAGGAACCAAAACCCGAAUCUCUUGAGCAAGAAAUCUUCAAUUGUGCCCAUUGCAGUAAAUCGUACUUUAAUAGGACUUCGUUAAGUCGACACAUUAAGAAGAAACAUUUAGGGGGAUCUCAAUGCAAGUAUUGUUGUCGGAUAUUUUUGAAGAAAAACGAGUACGAGGAGCAUUUAAAAGAGGAAGAAUCCAAAGAACGCGCUGAUCCGAAGGUUUUUUGUUGCGAACAUUGCGGUUACAGUACGACAAGCAGCAGUUCCUUGUUCCAACAUCAACGAAAAUACCAUUCGCCCGAAGAACCGGAGAAAAUUUGCAACGAAUGUGGCAAAAGUUACAAGUUAAAGUCGCAUUUGCGGCAACACAUGAUCUGGAAUCACAUGGAAAAGCGGUAUCCGUGUGCGAAAUGCGACGCGAAAUUCGCCGAAGCGCAUCACCUGAGGAAACAUUUUGAGCUGAUUCACAGCGAAGGCGCUCGUCCCGAUGGAAUGGUGCAAUGCAAAUUUUGCGGAGACUUUUUCAAAGCAACUUAUCUCAAGAAACACAUCCAAGGAGCGCAUCUGAAGCUGAAAUUAUACAAAUGUGAGCAAUGCAACAACGCCUUUGACACAUGGCAUCAACGUUACGUGCACAUUAAGCUCGAUCACGAAAAUGUACGGGAAAAAUGCCAUUUAUGUGAUAAGGUUUUCGUGCGAAAACUCUCGUUAAAACGACAUUUAGUCAAAAUUCAUAACGAAGGCGAAAUUACGCAACGUAAAGGAUACAUUCCAAAAGUGCGACAAACCUCAUCCCGAGCUGGCAGAAGAACAGCAAAUCCUUCGGAGUAUCCAAUUGAACCAAAAGGCCCAAAGAAAAUUGUUGAAAGGCAAUGUGAGGAUUGCGGCGAGAGCUUUAACAAAGUGAAUGAUUACAAGCAACAUCGGAUACGGAUGCAUUUGGAUGAAGAAAGUUUGAAAAAAUAUGCGGCAUGUCAAAUGUGCGGAGAUAUGGUGCUGAAAAUGUCGAUGCCGCAUCACGUUAUGAACAUUCAUGUGAACAAAAAGGAUCAGUUUAAGUGUGAUUUGUGUGAAAAGACAUUCAAAAGUACGUCGACGUUGACGGAUCAUCAUAAAAAGUUUCAUUUGGAGAUCAAACAAUUCAAAUGCAACCUCUGCCCGGCGGAAUUCAACAAAAACCUCAAACUGCGACAUCAUUUCGAGAAAAGUCACGACAUCAUCUACACCCCUGUCGAUAUCCAACGCAUCUUGGGCCUCAAAAAGUACGAAAGAAAAAACAUCUAAAAUGCUUUUUAAAACUUUAUUUUUGAUAAUAAUUCAUGAAUUCG